UUGAUCUUGAAAGGAUGUCUACAGAAACGAGCACCAACAAACUGCCAGGUUGUCCGCAGGGAUCUUGAAGGGAUUCCAUUGCAGGGCAGUGGGGGCGCGGGGCGGGGGGGCCCCCCCAGCCAGAGAAGCCAGCUUGUUAGUGAAGCCAACACAGUGGGGUCCCGUGUAGACGUGAUACUCGAGAGGCUGCGCUGCUCCAUGCUAAAAUCGGGGGAGAAAAGGACAGGGAGGGGUUGGAGAUUGAAUUUCAGCAUUCCCAAAAAAAAUAAAUCCAGGAAGGGACAAACAUGAGGCGACAGAAGAUUGUGGGGGUCCCUUGAGCAGCCCACUGGUGGUGAGAGUUUAGUAAGAUUGACGGUGGGUGUCCAUCCAGGACAACCAGCACACGUUUUGAAGGGCGUGAAGACAGACAUGAACGAGACGAACAAGCUUAAAGGAACAAUGUGAUCGUUUUGAGUGAGUAGUCAUCUUAAUAUCCAAGCAAUGAGUAUGUUGGUCUAGCUAGCACAAUUCCUGGGUAAAUAUGUUUAUGAAUUAGUGGAAACAAUUUUCAGCCUCCGAUUCCAUUAGAAUUGCCUUUUGUAGUGCCCCCUAACGUGGGAUGGACAAAAGCGACCACCAGAACAAAGAGGAAAAAGAAGACCGAAGGAAAGAGAGCGAUGCAGAAAAAGAUAAAAAGAUGAAGAACCAACUGAACAUUGAGGAAAAAGGCAAGACGGAGAUUAACACGAAUGAAAAAGAGAAGAAGAGAUGCAAGGCAGUAUGGAGGAGGGGGUCGGCAUUGAGUGAAAGACUGGUCAUUAACGUAUCAGGGAUGCGCUACGAAACCCAACUUCGCACCUUAGCUCAGUUUCCUGACUCCAUGCUCGCCGACCCACGAAGAAGGUCACGCUACUUUGACCCGAUGCGGAAUGAAGUCUUCUUGGACCGAAAUCGGGCCUGCUUUGACGCAAUACUCUACUUUUACCAAUCGGGUGGGAGGCUCCGUAGGCCCACCAACAUCCCCUUGGACAUCUUCAUGGAUGAGCUGAUGUUCUACGAGCUAGGGGAGGACAUCAUGAGCCGCUUUAAAGAGGAUGAAGGUUUUUCCAAAGAAGAAGAGAAGCCUUUGCCCUCAAAUGAAAUGCAGAAGAGACUGUGGAUGUUGUUUGAACACCCGGAGUCUUCAUCUGCCGCUCGUAUCAUUGCCAUCAUCAGCGUGAUGGUCAUAGUGGUGUCCAUUCUCAUCUUCUGCCUGGAGACAUUGCCGGAUUUCCGCAUUGAGAAGGAGAUGCCAGAGCAGAAUUUCUACAAGGAUGGCAGCCAAGCAAAGAACACGUCCGAGAACAUGCCUUCACCCCCAAGUGUUUUCCAAGACCCCUUCUUCUUGGUGGAGACUGUGUGUAUCUGCUGGUUCUCUUUUGAGCUCAUCAUGCGUUUUGCUUGCUGUCCCAGCAAGAUCCACUUCUUCAAGGAUGUCAUGAACAUCAUCGACUUCAGCGCCAUCUUGCCAUAUUUUGUCACUCUGGGAACAGAGCUAGCUCGGGACAACGAGGCCAGUCCAACCACUUCCUUGGCCAUCAUCAGAGUCAUCCGACUUGUGAGGGUCUUCAGGAUCUUCAAGCUGUCCCGUCACUCCAAAGGCCUUCAGAUUCUGGGUCAGACGCUGAGGGCAAGCAUGCGUGAGUUGGGCCUUCUCAUUUUCUUCCUGUUCAUCGGCGUCAUCAUCUUCUCCAGCGCCAUCUACUUUGCAGAGGCCGACCACAACGACACGGCCUUUGUCAGCAUACCGCAUGCCUUUUGGUGGGCUGUGGUCACCAUGACAACAGUGGGCUACGGCGAUAUGUACCCAGUGACAGUGUGGGGGAAAUUGGUGGGCUCCAUGUGCGCCAUAGCUGGUGUGCUUACCAUUUCCCUGCCGGUGCCGGUCAUAGUCUCCAAUUUUAGCUACUUCUACCACCGUGAAACGGAGUGUGAGGAUCGAAGCCGCUAUGCAAAUAUCACAAACUCACAGUGGGAAGACGAGGACGAGGAGGGGGAGGAAAUACAAGAGGAGAACCUGGAUCCUGAGGGUGAUUAUUAUGCUAUAGGAGGGACCUAUAACAAUUUGAAUGGUACUCUGAGUAAACCGAACAUGGAACAGAACUCUGAAUUAGGAGGAAAUAGUCUUUUAAGGGAACCACUUGUCACCCAGGUGUAAAAGGAGGAUUACCGACAUGAUGCUGAAUGUUUUGUAGAAUAUUUUGAAGAUUUGUACAGUAAUUCACAAACGUGAGUAAGCUUCUCAUAUAUCAACAUGCAGUCCCGCAUGGAGUACUGCCUGCACUGGGGAGGGAAAACAGGAAUUUCAGCAUUUAGUCCUGCCAGUUAUUUCAAUAAUUAUGGUAAUGGUAAUUUGUUUACUUCCUGCUUUCCUAAUAUAGUUAACAUUUUUUUUGUUUUUCUUUUUUUUAUAUUUUUUUACUUUUCUUGUGACGUAUUGAAGUACGAGGUGAUAUUACAGUAAACCUCAGAUAU